AUGGCUGCCCAUAGCGCUAUCCAAACUUUGAUCUCGCAACGGCCGUGGAUCUGCAACUCAUGCUUGCGACAAAUCUCAAAGCAAAGCUGCCGAAUCCCUGCUACCGCCCAAAGUCGCGCCAUAGAGAGAAAUCAAAAUCGAUCUCCCAGUAACACACCGUCGAUAUCCCGACGGUCGUUCCACAGCGGACAGCGACUGCUCCGCGACCAUGCAGACCAGCCUCACCAAGCGAUGCCCCUAGGCGACUUUUACACAGAGUUGCUCUCCUCGCCCAUGCGCGAAGCUCCUCACACGGACAGUGCACUGCCCACGUUUGUCACUACCAAGGACGAGUCGGUACAAGCAAGAGCCAGGAAACUAUUCGGCACGAUCGAGGGAUCUGGUUACAAGAGCAGCGUCUCAGACACACCCGAUGCAACAUGGAGGACGGUAAAUGGCGUACCGGUGCCACCGAGACCAGCUGAGCCAGACAACUGCUGUAUGAGUGGUUGUGUACAUUGCGUAUGGGACGAUUACCGAGACGAUGUGGAGGCGUGGGCUGCAAGGGUACGCGAAGCACAGUCAAAAUCUCCGAACAGGCAGACAGACGAUCCCAAGGCGCGAUUGUCUCGUCCCGAGGUUCAUGAAGCUUCGGGGAGUAUGGACGAAGACGGUGGUGGGAGUGAGGGUCUUUGGACUACACCUUCUGUACCGGAGGAUGAGGACGCCUUGUUCGCAGAGAUACCGGUCGGGAUCAGAGAGUUCAUGGCCACCGAGAAGAGGAUUAGAGAAAGAAAACGAGCGAAGAAGCAAAGGGCUCAAUGA